AUGGCGAGCAAAGAUACCAAGAACGCCUCCAUGGGUACUUGUGAACCUACUGAAAGCGAGACCAACCACAGCAACCAUGACCAGACGGAUGCCUUUCCCAUCGCAAAAAUGAACCAUCACUCAUUUGCUGCCAAAGAGAACAGCACACCCAAAGAGAAGCAGCAAACAUUCGGACCUUCACCAACCAAUACCAAGGAGAAAACAAUGGAGAAUUCAGCUGCUGCCAAGGACAAAGCAGCAAGCAACCAGAAGAGCCAACCCAACGAUGCAGAGGCCAGGGACAAUCCCACAGAGCGAACCCACCGUUAUGUCACUGGGGAAUAUUGUUGA